AGAUCCCGACAGCCUUAGAAGUGGAGACAAGCCCAUCCGAGGGAAGAAAACUAAAAACUCUUUUUUUCGGGAUAACACCAUCUUACUUCUUAGCAUUUGAUCAGCUCAUAAGAGGAAUACAUCUCUACCAUGUUACAGGAUUUUUAACAGUUUAUUGCCUGUUUUGAGAGAAGAUUCUUCUUAUUUUGAGGAGAAAGCAAAUGUUUGCCAGAAUGCCGACUACCCACUCAAGUAGGGGGAUAUCUUGUCAAUGGCUUCAUUUAAGUUAUAUCAUCCUCACUAUCUUAUCAGUACAAAAGGUCUCACAGGCUUGUGAAGUAUUGACGGCGCCUGAGAGCGGAUCUCUCACCGCUGAAGAAGGAUUUGGAGAAGGAGCGACUGUAACGUUUAGUUGUAACGAAGGUUACAGUCUCAUUGGAUCACCAUCUACGACUUGUAAUGACGAUUUAUAUUCAAGACCUGUUCCUACUUGUGUCCUUGACUGCAGUGAUCCUGGGUUUCCAGUGGACGGAUCCCAGGAAGGGUCCCCAACCUACCAGGCUUACACUACGGUCUCGUUCGUGUGUGAUAGUGGGUUUGGUUUGGUAGGGGCACCCACUAUAACAUGCGACGGUGGCACUUGGACUCUACCUGUUCCUGAAUGUGUCGCCAACUGUGCCGACCCAGGGACUCCAUCUAACGGCGUCCAGGUAGGGUCUCCCACCUAUCUUCAAGGUACGACUGUAUCUUUCGAGUGUGAACCGGGUUUCACAUUGAUUGGUGCUUCAGUCAUCUCCUGUGAGGAUGGCGAAUGGGAUAGAGGAGCGCCCACUUGUGCAGCGGACUGCACUGAUCCGGGUACUCCGGUUGAUGGAACUCAAUCAGGUUCCUAUGGUAACGGAGACACUGUUUCGUUCACGUGUGAUGAUACAUUUACUCUGGUAGGAGCAAGUAUCAUCAGUUGCAUGGGCGGAGACUGGAGUGAUGAAGUACCAGUUUGUUACGCGGCAUGUGGUGAUCCUGGAACAUUGGAGGACGGCACCAAAUCGGGUGGUGUGGAGUACGGGGACACGCUCACCUAUGUCUGCAAUGAGGGAUUCACCCUGGUUGGAGCUUCUGAGCUAACAUGUACAAGCAACGGCUGGGACACUGAGCCACCCUUCUGUUAUAGUAACUGUGAAGACCCAGGUACGCCAGCCUUUGGUAGUCAAUCUGGAACCUUCGACCACGGCGAUGUUUUAACUUUUGAAUGUAACCAGGGUUACACACUGAUUGGUGCAUCUCAGAUCACCUGUGAUGAUGGAGCUUACAACGCAGACAUUCCUGAAUGUGAAGGCGAUGUCACUGUCUCAACGGAUUCACCGGCUGGCACAACGCAAGGAUUAAAACAAACAACUGUUGCUGCAGCUACAACUGAAGAGGCUUCGGUUACAACUACACCGACUAGCAGAGUGACUAGUGAUACAGGAACCACAGUAGAAGACCAUCCGACAACAACAACAACAACAUCCGAAGUGACAACUGAAUUCAGGGAAACGACACGAGAAGUGGAUGUCGAAACGACAAGACCCGAGCCCUCAACAAGACCACCUCAGCCAACCACAUUAAGUUCUUCCUCAUCUGGUACAACAACACGUGUCUCCCCAACAACUGCUGCUGGAGGUACUACUACAGAUGUUGCAGCUACAACGAUACGGGAGAAUGAAGAAACGACACCUGUUCUAACAACGGCUGAUACAGGAACAACUUUAGGAAACCGCCCUUCAACAACACAAGAUGGUGUCAAAACAACGGAAGAAAGGGAAACUACACCAAUGAUCGACAUCGAAACAACAAGGCCAGAACCUUCCACUAGACCGCAUCGACCAACCAGCCCAAGUGUCUCUACCAGACCUCUGCCUGAAAGCACUACGCGCGAUUACUUCUCACAGCACACCACCAUCGAUAUUGUAACAUUACCGACUCGGAUGAUGACUACUGAUGCAUCAUCACCAGAACCUCCAACGAGACCUCGUCCAAGAUGUCCACCAAUCAUGGCCCCAAUGCAUGGAUCUUACAGACGGUAUGAUUGGUAUCGCCGUGGGGAGAAGGUUGUUUUCUCAUGUGUUCAUAACUACGUCCUCAUAGGGCCCGAAUGGAUCAUUUGCUUUAAUGGAGAAUGGAGUGGUCCUGUACCUGAAUGUAAAAUUACUUGCGGUCGGUAUCCUCCUCCUCCAAGGCAUGGUUAUGCCCUUCCUCUCGAUAGACACAUUCCAUCUCGCCCUUCAUCCUGGACACCUCGACCAGGUUAUGGAGGAAUGGUGCCGGUCUCGCGGGCCCCAUUUCCCGACGGUAUGAGGGGUGACGACACGUUAAGUGACUUAUUCGAUGAGGCCGGCGAAUUCGAUGAUGUACCAGGUCUUCUUGGAGCAUUGAACUUCCCGAACAUUGGAAUAGGAAAUCCCUUUGCGGGUGAUGACGAGGAAUCCGUCACAGCCUCUGCAGGUCCAACUGGAGAUUCUGGAAAUGGGGGUUGGGGGGUUCCUAGCGGGGGUUGGGGGAUUCCUGGCGGUGACAUCGAUUUGCCUGAUAUAGACAUACCUUUUAUCGGUGGUGGAGGUGACUCUGGUGAUAUGGUGACGUUCUCUCCUGGAUUUACCCUACCCUCUGUCACCUGGGAAGGUGGUGUUUCUCCUGGUGAUUCAUCCAACGGGUUUCCGGAUUUUGGCAACGUCAAUUUACCAGCUGUACAGGUCAUCCAACAAAUAAUUGACAUUACGAUGGAUAUAGACUGGCAGAUCAUAGAUUCUGAAUCUUUCGUUAUGAUCCGUCUUUUACGUGAAUUGAUCAGAAUUGUGAGCGACGUUAUAAUGGCAACUAAUUGGGAAAAUGGUGAUCUAUCUACCAUCAACUGGGAAAACAUGAACGCAUCCGCCUUGCCGAUGCCUGGUGUGAUCCGAAACGGUCUAACUGUGAUUCUAUCAACUGAUUGGAAUAACUAUGAUUGGACAUCUCUUGAUUUCAUUCAACUUGCUUUUCCAAGUUUUAUGAGGGAAAUCAUGUAUGUCAUAACGGAUACUGAUUGGUCCACGGUUGUAGAUAUCCAAGAAGCUAUCGCUGCUAUUCAACGUCCGGUAUUUAUGAUUGAUGAUCUACCGGAUAUUGACCUUUCACGUAUCAAUACAACACGCCUUUCAAUAGACGUAGAUGCUCUACAACUCUUAGCAACAGAGUUUCUCGCUAGUGGAAACGUAUCAAAUGUUAAUUGGGAAGCCGUGGUUGGAAUAAUCAAUUCGAACCUUCCCGAAGGAUUUCCGACGUUCCGAUGGGAAAUCGAAGGAACGUACUUACCUUUCUUGGAUUGGAGUACAAUGAACGUCACUGCACUGAAUUUGGAAAAUAUCAACUGGUUCAAUAUGUCAGCGCUCCCUGAAUUCAUCAGGGAACUGACUAUUUUCUUUCUUUCAACAGACAUGGAAGUUAUAAGAGCCGACGAUAUACUGGCUAUACUACCCAUUCCAGAUGGAAUUAGAGACAUGCUCACAAUGGCAAUGAAUUUCGACUGGAACAGGCUGAACAUGACAGGAAUCAAUGACUUGCCAGUACCUACUACAAGUUCUGAUUUGAUCGCUAUAGUCACUCGAAUUUUGCGUCAGAAUCCCAUCGACUGGAGUCUCCUCCGAAACCUCACCGGCAUGGACUUGAUGAACUUGUAUAACAUGAGCUUGGCAGAUACGCCAAUACCAAAUGCACUGCGUCCUUUCCUGUCUGGCUGGAAUGAUUUUAACAUGACUGAUAUUCCUUACGUCGAGUUACUACGACCUUAUCUGGAAAGCUUGAUGAAUAUGGAUUGGGAGAACUUUGAUGGAAACAGCACAGAUUUCAGAAAUAUGAGUCUACCAGAUUCCUUCCGAAACAUUCUAGAAUUCAUAGUUUCAACAGACUGGGAAAACCUUGACACUACGGUUCUUGAAAGCAUCAUGCCAGCAUCACUCCAAAACAUUCUGUUCAUUGCAAGACACCUGGACAUGACUAAUCUUGAAUUGAUAGAGUUCAUGUUGCCUCUUUUACCAUUACCAGAGAACGUAAAGUACUGGAUAGAGAUGGCAAUCAAUUUUGACAUGCAAGACAUUGAUGUUAAUCAAAUGAAUAUGACCGCUCUUCUUCCCGACGAAUGGAGGGAAUACUUAAUGAUGUUGAUGAAUAUAGACUUGGAAAGCAUCCGCUUGAUCAAUGUUACGGAUUUUAUCAUACCUUCACAAGUUCGGGAGUUUUUCCUUUACCUUAAUGGUACGGACUGGAGCAAGCAUAAUUCCACAGAUAUCCUCAUGAGUCUACCGCUUCCAGAUCAGGUCAAAUCUGUAUUGUUCGUCUUAGUUAACACGGACUGGGACACUGUAGACCAGUCAAAUAUUGAUGUAAUCAUGAAUGAAAUUUACUCCAUGUUGAUGAAUUUGGACCUGGAACUUUUGAGAACUUUUGAUUUGGAUGCAAUUGUUAAUUUGCAUGAAAUGCUACAACCGUUUAUCCUCAUUGACUGGGAAAACUUUGACUGGACUAACGACAACAUCACAAAUCUUCCCAUUCCUGUUGCUGCCAGCCGAUUUCUGAUAAUGGUGAUGAGGACAGAGUGGGAGAAUAUCAACUGGGACCAGAUUGAUCUGUCUGCUCUCUCAAUCCCAGACGAGGUCAAGAGUUUUAUAUUUACCAUGACAAACAUGCGAUGGGAUGCAGCCAAUUGGACUGGCAUGGUGGAAAAUUUGCCAAUUCCUCAGGGUAAUAGGGAUUUCCUCCUAAUGCUGAUGGAUGCUGAAAUCCAGGAAUAUAUCUUUGAUUUGUUAAAUCAACUUAUGAUGAUGGACUGGGAGAACUUUGAUUGGAUAAAUGUCAUGCCUGACAUGGAAAUGGAAGAUUUUGACUGGGCGAUGAUCCUAGAUGUUCUAAAUCUACCAAUUUCAGAAGAUUUAAAGAAUGUGUUGUUGGUGAUGUUCAACUCGAGCAAAGAGAACUGGGAUCUGUCAAAUCUUGAUACAUCCAUGCUGCCCGAUCAAUUGUCCGAAUUCCUUUACCUUCUGGAAAGUAUCGAUUGGGAAAACAUUGACCUCAUGCAAGCAGUAGACCUCAUGAACCUGCCCAUACCUGAUCAGUUCAAAGACAUGCUCUUGAUGAUGACGCAGAUUGACUGGGAGAGUUUUGACUGGAUGAACAUGGACUUUACACUGAUUAAGGAACUUCUGGGAGGAUUGAUGAACAUGGACAUGGGUAAUUUCGAUUGGUCUGAGGUCAUUGAUCUUUCUGGUUUACCAAUAUCUGAUCAAAUGCGAAUGUAUCUGGAGAUGCUGAUCACAUUAGACUGGGAAAACGUAGAAUGGAGUGAUGUCAUCGACAUUUCAGGUCUUCCAGAACCCAUCAAAGUACUGGUACUUAGAAUGAUGAGCAUGGACUGGGAAAACAUGGAUAUGACAGAGAUUCCGAUGCCAGAUGAGUUAAGGAUGUACAUCAUGAUGAUAUCCCAAAUUGAUUGGGCCAAUAUUGAGUGGACUCAAGUUAUCGACUUAUCUGGACUGCCUAUCUCAGACCAAAUGAAAUUGUUCCUUGAAAUGCUUAUGAGUAUGGACUGGAACAACAUGAGUUGGGAACAAAUUGAUCUGUCAAUGAUUCCUAUGUCCGAUCAAGUUAGAGAUGUUCUUGAGUUGAUAAUGCUUGUUGACUGGCAAUCUUUUGACUGGGCACAAGUGAUUGACUUGUCUGGUCUUCCAUUUUCAGACAAUACUAAGUUGUUCCUCGAAGAGUUGAUGAGGAUGGACUGGGAAAACCCUGACUGGAGUGAAAUGGACUUCUCAAGACUACUGCUGUCUGAAGAGAUGAGAGAUAUGCUUCAAAUGAUGUUGACUAUGGACUGGAAUGAGUUUGAUUGGACUCAAGUUAUUGAUAUAUCUGGGCUACCCAUCUCUGAUAAAAUGAAGCUCGCGAUUCACUGGAUGAUGAAUAUGGACUGGGCAAACACUGAUUGGAUGGACAUGGACAGUAUGAUGGAGCGUGCCAUGGCUUUUAUACACAGAUUGGACUCCAUCGUUUCUGAUCUACUUCACCGCAUUUUCUAUGAUGUGUACAACAAGAUCUUGAAGUUUCUGUUUAGGCUCGACUUACCCUUUCUCCCUGAGCUACCACGUCCUCGGCCACCUCCAAUUGCUGGUGAUAGUAUUACGUAUGUUUGCAAGAGAGGUUUCGAGCUAAUUGGAUCAUCUGUACUCACCUGUACGAAUGACGGUUCGUGGAGCAGUUUUCCUCCUGAUUGCGAGAGAAUAAGGCCAACAGAACCCCCGCGUCCUACUGAACGGCCCAGACCAACUGGAAGGCCUCGACCAACCGAAAGGCCUACACCCUCAAAACCUUCAAGGACGACUCUUUUCGAAUUUACAACAAAUGAAGAAAGCACAACCCAAAAUAACAGAGCAACAUCUGAAUCCUCAACACCCUCAGAAGAUCCGAGACCAACUACUUUCGAAUAUACAACAGAAGCAGAAGAAACAACUCAGAAUGACAGAGCAACAUCUAAACCCUCCCAAACGACUGAAAUAUCCACUACAGAAAUAGAUCAAGGAACUACCAUUGAUGAUGAAGGGACUACUCAAAGAUCGGAUCUACAAACUACAUCAGAGGCAGCAACAAGUGAAAUGGUUACAACCGAGGAAGCUUCGCCUGCACCGACAACACCUGCAGAUCCAUGUUCUUUGAAUCCAUGUCUGUCGGAUGCCAACACAGAUUGCGUCUCAUUGGGUGACACAUACGAGUGCCAGUGUCAGGCAGGAUACGCUCGGGAUUCAAACGAUACGUGUACAUCAACCCAACAGUUUGCAGCAUUGAUUCGAAUCACCGAGGUAAAUGGCGGAACUGCCUCAUUUACAGAAGACCUGCAGGAUACAACAUCACCAGCUUUCCAGGCUCUAGCUACUGACAUAGAGAACACGCUGGACAUGAUCUACCUGAUGAGCUCUCUUGCCGAUUCGUAUCUUGGAGCCACCGUCAACGGUUUCUCGAACGGCUCUAUCGUUGUGGAUUACACCGUCAAAUUCAGGGACGAGGAAACCACCAUCCCAACCAAUAUGACCACCAAUACAACGAUACCAACAACGAUUGAUUCUACAACUGUUGUGGCAGCGUUCACAGAGUCGUUGAAGAUGGCGAUGGAAAUGGGUACUGUCAAUGUCAGCAUCGAUGAGUCAUCUGUGAUGGUUUCUGAUCUGGAUGAAUGUGCCUCACGCGAUGACAAUGACUGUGAUAACGAUGCUGCCUGCAUCAACACUGAGGGAUCGUUUACCUGCCGCUGUCGUGAAGGAUUCAUCGAUCUUUCACUAAACAUCCGCCAACCCGGAAGAAUUUGUUCUCUGCCAAGCACGAUGCCACCGCCCCCACCUAACCCCUGUACCAGAAACCCGUGUGCCUAUGCUCGGGCAGAAUGCAUUGUUGUUGGUCGAUCCUUCAAGUGCGUAUGCCGACCAGGAUUUGCUUUCAACCCCGAUGGUGUCUGCGAAUUGACCUGUGGUCCUUUCCCCUAUCCACCACGAUAUGGAUACGCCAUCCUGUACGACAACCGCCCACCGGGCAUGGAGACACCGACGACUCCAGGUGGAAUGAAAGGAAACGAGUCCACACCUGGCUGGGAAUGGCCUGUCACAAGAGAUUUAUUCGGAGAUGAAUUCACCACGGCUUCCAAUGACUUGUGGAGGGACGAUGAGUCUGGUAACAUCGGUGAUGUAGUAUCUCAAAUUGGAAGUCUGAAUUUUCCAAACUUGGGAGUUGGAAACCCGUUUGAUGGCCUACCAAAUGUCGACCUGCCUAAUGUGGACAUACCCAAUGUCGAUCUGCCUAAUGUGGACAUACCCAAUGUCGAUAUACCAGCAGUUGGUAUCCCUAACACGGGAGCAACGCAGGUUACACAACAAAUCUUGGACAUAGUAACGGGUAUUGAUUGGCAGAAUACUGAUUUCGAAGUACUUCGUAGAAUAAUCGAGGCAGUUCUUGAACUCGUCACUAACACAAUCUGGGGAGACAGUGAUCAGUCCGACAUAGAUUGGAUGAAUAUGAACAGAACGGUUUUAACUGGUAUGAUUCCAACUAUUGAUAACCGUACGCUAAAUCUUAUUACCGUCAUCGGAAGACAGUUUCUAUCCAAUAUGAACCGGUCUGCUGUGAACUGGGAAGCAUCUAUGGCUGCAUUAAACUCACUUCUUCCUCAAGGUCUACCAAGAAUCCAGUUGUCAACGGAUGGGAGUUCCGAUUUCAUACUUAACUGGAGUACCUUUAAUUUGACAUCACUACCUUUGCCAGAUAACUUCAGACAGGCAAUCACAUUGGCCAUGGAUUGGCACAAUACCAACUGGAGUGACAUCGAUGCGAUUCCAGAAUUCAUCAGGGAACUGAUCGAACUCUUCCUAACAACAGACAUUGAAAAUAUAGGAGCCGACGAUAUGCUGCCUAUACUACCCAUUCCAGAUGGUAUUAGAGAUAUGAUCACAGUGGCAAUGAAUGUUGAUUGGGAGCGGAUGAACAUGACGGGAAUCAAUGCUAUGCCAGUACCUUCCUCAGCAGCUGAUUUGAUCGCUAUAGUCACUCGUAUUUUGCGUCAGAAUCCAAUCAACUGGAGCCUCCUCCAAAACUACACCGGUCUGGACUUGAUAAACAUGUAUAACAUGAGUUUGACAGAUAUGCCAAUACCAAAUGCACUGCUCCCUUUCCUGUCUGGCUGGAAUGAUUUUAACAUGAAUGAUAUUCCUUACGUCGAGUUACUACGACCUUAUCUCGAAAGCUUGAUGAAUAUGGAUUGGGAGAACUUUGAGGGGAACAGCACAGAUUUCAGAAAUAUGAGUCUACCAGAUUCCUUCCGAAACAUUCUAGAAUUCAUAGUUUCAACAGACUGGGAAGACCUUGACACUACGGUUCUUGAAAGCCUGAUGCCAGCAUCACUACAAAACAUUAUGUUCAUUGCAAGACACCUAGACAUGACUAAUCUUGAAUUGAUAGAGUUCAUGUUGCCUCUAUUACAAUUGCCAGAGAACGUAAAGUCCUGGAUAGAGAUGGCAAUCAAUUUCGACAUGCAAGACAUCGAUUUUAAUCAAAUGAAUAUGACUGCUCUUCUUCCCGACGAAUGGAGGGAAUAUUUAAUUAUGUUGAUGAAUAUAGACUUGGAAAAUAUCCGCUUGAUCAAUGUUACGGAUUUCAUCAUACCUUCACAAGUUCGGGAGUUUCUCUUUCUCCUAAAUGGUACAGAUUGGUCAAGUAUUGAUAUAGACGGCAUACUGUCACUGAUGAUGGACAUGGGCUGGGAGCAUCCUGAUGGCUUUGACUUCUUAAAAAUGUUAAAUCAGUCGAUACCGCAGAACGUUCAAGAAAUGCUACAACCGUUUAUCCUCAUAGACUGGGAAAACUUUGACUGGACUAACGAGAACAUCACAAAUCUUCCCAUUCCUGAUGCUGCAAGUCGAUUUCUCAUAAUGGUGAUGAGGACAGAUUGGGAGAAUAUCAACUGGGACCAGAUUGAUCUGUCUGCUCUCGCAAUCCCAGACGAGGUCAAGAGUUUUAUAUUUACCAUGACAAAUACGCGAUGGGAUGCUGUCAAUUGGACUGGAAUGGUGGAAAAUUGGCCUAUCCCUCGAGGUAACAGGGAUUUCUUACUUAUGCUUAUGGAUGCCGAAAUCCAGGAAUAUAUCUUUGAUUUGUUAAAUCAACUUAUGAUGAUGGACUGGGAGAACUUUGAAUGGAUAAAUGCCAUGCCUGACAUGGAAAUGGAAGAAAUAGACUGGUCGAUGAUCCUAGAUGCUCUAAAUCUACCAAUUUCAGAGGAUGUAACAAAUGUAUUAUUGAUGAUGUUGACCUCGAGCAGAGAGAACUGGGAUCUGUCAAAUCUUGAUACAUCUAUGUUGCCUGAUCAAUUGUCCGAAUUACUUUACCUUCUGGAAAGUAUCGAUUGGGAAAACAUUGACCUCAUGCAAGCAGUAGACCUCACGAACCUGCCCAUACCCGAUCAGAUCAAAGACAUGCUCAUGAUGAUGGCACAUAUUGACUGGGAGAGUUUUGACUGGAUGAACAUGGACUUUACACUGAUUAGGGAACUCCUGGGAGGAUUGAUGAACAUGGACAUGGGAAAUGUCGAUUGGUCUGAGGUCAUUGAUCUUUCUGGUUUACCAAUAUCUGAUCAAAUGCGAAUGUAUCUGGAGAUGCUGAUCGAAUUAAACUGGGAAAACGUUGAAUGGAGUGAUGUCAUCGACAUUUCAGGUCUUCCAGAACCCAUCAAAGCACUAGUAGAAAGAAUGAUGAGCAUGGACUGGGAAAACCUGGAUAUGACUGAGCUUCCGAUGCCAGAUGAGUUAAGGAUGUACAUCAUGAUGAUAACCCAAAUUGAUUGGGCCAACAUUGAUUGGACUCAAGUUAUCGACUUAUCUGGACUGCCUAUCUCAGACCAAAUGAAAUUGUUCCUUGAAAUGCUCAUGACUAUGGAUUGGAACAACAUGAGUUGGGAACAAAUUGAUCUGUCAAUGAUUCCUAUGUCCGAUCGAGUUAGAGAUGUUCUUGAGUUGAUGAUGCUUGUUGACUUGCAAACUUUUGACUGGGCACAAGUGAUUGACCUGUCUGGUCUUCCAUUUUCAGACAAUACUAAGUUGUUCCUCGAAGAGUUGAUGAGGAUGGACUGGGAAAACCCUGACUGGAGUGAAAUGGACUUCUCGAGACUACCGCUGUCUGAAGAGAUGAGAGAUAUGCUUCAGAUGAUGUUGACCAUGGACUGGAAUGAGUUUGAUUGGACCCAAGUAAUUGAUCUUUCUGGACUACCCAUCUCUGAUCAAAUGAAGCUUGCCAUUCACUGGAUGAUGAGAAUGGAUUGGGCAAACACCGAUUGGAUGGACGUGGACAUGUCUGAUUUGCCAAUACCGCAGCAGAUUAUUGAUCUCAUCCAUUUCAUGAAUGGUAUUGAUUGGGAAAACUUCGACUGGACCGCCGUCAUUGACCUCUCUGGACUACCUUUACCAGAACCACUCAAACCAAUCAUGGAUAAAUUGUGGGCGUUUACUACUGCACUGGAUGCACUGGUACAUGAAACAUACUGGAAGUUCAUCCACUUCCUAGAGUGGCUAGAUUUGCCUUUUCUUCCAGAAUUGCCUCGACCUAGACCUCUUGCAUUUGUAGGAGACAGUGUGAAGUACAUCUGUAAGGACGGUUUUAAACUGAUUGGAAUGCCGGUCUUGAGGUGUUCAGCUGAUGGGUCCUUCAGUGGCAUGCGACCGAUGUGUAUGAGAAUAAGGCCAACAGAACCCCCACGUCCUACUGAACGGCCCAGACCAACUGGAAGGCCUCGACCAACCGAAAGGCCUACACCCUCAGAACCUUCAAGGACGACUCCUUUCGAAUUUACAACAAAUGAAGAAAGCACAACCCCCAAAAACAGAGCAACAUCUGAAUCCUUAACACCAAGGCCAUCAGAAGAUCCGUGGCCCACACCUACAGAAUUUACAACAGAAGUAGAACAAACAACUCAAAAUGACAGAGCAACGUCUACACCCUCCCAAACACCUGAAGAAUCUACUACAGAAAGAUAUCAAGGAACUACCAUCGAUGAUGAAGUUACGACUCCAAGAUUGGAUCUACAAACUACGUCAGAGGCAGCAACAAGUAUGGUGGUUACAACCGAGGAAGCUUCGCCUGCACCGACAAUACCUGCAGAUCCAUGUUCUUCGAAUCCUUGUGUUUCGGAUGUCAACACAGAUUGCGUCUCAUUGGGUGACACAUACGAGUGCCAGUGCCAGGCAGGGUACGCUCGGGAUUCAAACGAAACAUGUACAUCAACUCAGCAGUUUGCAGCAUUGAUUCGAAUCACCGAGGUAAAUGGCGGAACUGCCUCAUUUACAGAAGACCUGCAGGAUACAACAUCACCAGCUUUCCAGACUCUAGCCGCUGACGUAGAGAACACGCUGGACAUGAUCUACCUGAUGAGCUCUCUUGCUGAUUCGUAUCUUGGGGCCACCGUAAACGGUUUCUCGAACGGCUCUAUCGUUGUGGAUUACACCGUCAAAUUCAGGAACGAGGAAACCACUAUCCCAACGAAUACGACCAGCAACACAACGAUGCCGACACUGAUUGAUUCCACAACCGUUGUCGCAGCGUUCACAGAGUCGUUGAAGAUGGCGAUGGAAAUGGGUACUGUCAAUGUCAGUAUCGAUGAGUCAUCUGUGAUGGUUACUGAUCUGGAUGAAUGUAAUUCCCGAGAUGACAAUAACUGUGAUGACGAUGCUGAUUGCAUAAACACUGAGGGAUCGUUUACCUGCCGCUGUCGUGAAGGUUUCAUCGAUCUUUCACUAAAUAUCCGUGAUCAACCAGGCAGGAGAUGUUCUCCACCAGUCACGACCCCCUGUUCCAGCAACCCGUGUGCCUAUGCUCGGGCAGAAUGCAUCGUUGUUGGCAGAUCCUUCCAGUGCGUAUGCCGACCAGGAUUUUCUUUUAACACCGAUGGUGUUUGCGAAUUGACCUGUGGUCCUUUCCCCUAUCCACCACGACAUGGAUACGCCAUCCUGUUCGACAACCGCCCACCGGGCAUGAAGACACCGACGACUCCAGGUGGAAUGAAAGGAAACGAAUCCACACCUGGCUGGGAAUGGCCUGUCACGAGAGAUCUAUUCGGAGAUGAAUUCACCACGGCAUUCAAUGACUUGUGGAGAGAGGAUGAGUCUGGUAACAUCGGUGAUAUAGCAUCUCAAAUCGGAAGUCUGAAUUUCCCUAACUUUGGAGUUGGGAACCCAUUUGAGGAAACAACCGAUUCGCAAGGAGCAACGGCAGAUUCGGGAAAUGGCGGUUUCUUUGGUGGCCUACCAAAUGUCGACGUGCCUAAUGUGGACAUACCCAAUGUCGAUAUGCCAGCAGUUGGUAUCCCUAACACGGGAGCAACGCAGGUGACACAACAAAUCUUGGACAUAGUAAUGGGUAUUGAUUGGCAGAAUACUGAUUUCGAAGUACUUCGUAGAAUAAUCGAGGCAGUUCUUGAACUCGUCACUAACACACUCUGGGGAGACGGUGAUCAUUCCGACAUAGAUUGGAUGAAUAUGAAUACAACGGUUUUAACUGGUAUGAUUCCAACUAUUGAUAACCGUACGCUAAAUCUUAUUAGCGCCAUCGGAAGAGAGUUUCUAUCCAAUAUGAACCGGUCUGAUGUUAACUGGGAAGCAUCUAUGGCUGCAUUAAACUCACUUCUUCCUCAAGGUCUACCCACAAUCCAGUUGUCAACGGAUGGGAGUUCCGAUUUCAUACUUAAUUGGAAUGGCUUUAAUUUGACAGCACUACCUUUGCCAGAUAUCUUCAGACAGGCAAUCACAAUGGUCAUGGAUUGGCAGAAUACCAACUGGAGCUACAUCAAUGCGAUUCCAGAAUUCAUCAGGGAACUGAUCGAACUCUUCCUAACAACAGACAUGGAAAAUAUAGGAGCCGACGAUAUACUGCCUAUACUACCCAUUCCAGAUGUUUUUAGAGAUAUGAUCACAAUGGCAAUGAAUUUUGACUGGGAGCGGAUGAACAUGACGGGAAUCAAUGAUUUGCCAGUACCUACCUCAGCAGCGGAUUUGAUCGCUAUAGUCACUCGUAUUUUGCGUCAGAAUCCCAUCGACUGGAGUCUUCUCCGAAACUACACCGGCGUGGACUUGAUGAACUUGUAUAGCAUAACUUUGACAGAUAUGCCAAUACCGGAGGCACUGCGUCCUUUCCUUUCCGGCUGGAGUGAUUUUAACAUGACUGAUAUUCCUUACGUCGAGUUACUACGACCUUAUCUCGAAAGCUUGAUGAAUAUAGAUUGGAAGAACUUUGAGGGGAACAGCACAGAUUUCAGAAAUAUGAGUCUACCAGAUUCCUUCCGGAACAUUCUAGAAUUUAUAGUUUCAACAGACUGGGAAAACCUUGACACUACGGUUCUUGAGAGCAUCAUGCCAGCAUCAGUCCAAAACAUUCUGUUCAUUGCAAGACACUUGGAUAUGACUAAUCUUGAAUUGAUGGAGUUCUCGUUGCCUCUAUUACCAUUGCCAGAGAACGUAAAGUCCUGGAUAGAGAUGGCAAUUAAUUUUGACAUGCAAGACAUCGAUUUUAAUCAAAUGAAUAUGACCGCUCUUCUUCCCGACGAAUGGAGGGAAUACCUAAUGAUGUUGAUGAAUAUAGACUUGGAAAGCAUCCGCUUGAUCAAUGUUACGGAUUUCCUAAUGCCUUCGCAAGUUCGGGAGUUUCUCCUUCUUCUAAAUGGUACAGAUUGGUCAGGUAUUGAUAUAGACAGCAUACUGUCACUGAUGAUGGAAAUGGGCUGGGAACUUCCUGAUGGCUUCGACUUCUUACAAAUGUUAAAUCAGUCGAUACCGCAGAACGUUCAAGAAAUGCUACAACCAUUUAUCCUCAUUGACUGGGAAAACUUUGACUGGACUAACCAGAACAUCACAAAUCUUCCCAUUCCUCCUGCUGCCAGCCGAUUUCUCAUAAUGGUGAUGAGGACAGAGUGGGAGAAUAUCAACUGGGACCAGAUUGAUCUGUCUGCUCUCUCAAUCCCAGACGAGGUCAAGAGUUUUAUAUUUACCAUGACAAACACGCGAUGGGAUGCUGUCAAUUGGACUGGAAUGGUGGAAAAUUGGCCUAUCCCUCAAGGUAACAGGGACUUCUUACUUAUGCUCAUGGAUGCCGAAAUCCAGGAAUAUAUCUUUGAUUUGUUAAAUCAACUUAUGAUGAUGGACUGGGAGAACUUUGAUUGGAUAAAUGCCAUGCCUGACAUGGAAUUGGAAGAAAUAGACUGGUCGAUGAUCCUAGAUGUUCUAAAUCUACCAAUUUCAGAGGAUUUAAAGAAUGUAUUAUUGGUGAUGUUGACCUCGAGCAGAGAGAACUGGGAUCUGUCAUAUCUUGAUACAUCCAUGCUGCCCGAUCAAUUGUCCGAAUUCCUUUACCUUCUUGAAAGUAUGGAUUGGGAAAACAUUGACCUCAUGCAAGCAGUAGACCUCACGAACCUGCCCAUACCUGAUCAGUUGAAAGACAUGCUCUUGAUGAUGGCACAGAUUGACUGGGAAAGUUUUGACUGGAUGAACAUGGACUUUACACUGAUUAGGGAACUCCUGGGAGGAUUGAUGAACAUGGACAUGGGAAAUGUCGAUUGGUCUGAGGUCAUUGAUCUUUCUGGUUUACCAAUAUCUGAUCAAAUGCGAAUGUAUCUGGAGAUGCUGAUCACAUUAGACUGGGAAAACGUUGAAUGGAGUGAUGUCAUCGACAUUUCAGGCCUUCCAGAGCCUAUCAAAUCACUGGUACUAAGAAUGAUGAGCAUGGACUGGGAAAACAUGGAUAUGACUGAGCUCCCGGUGCCAGAUCAGUUAAGGAUGUACAUCAUGAUGAUUACCCAAAUUGAUUGGGCCAAUUUUGAUGUGACUCAGGUUAUCGACUUAUCUGGACUUCAUAUCUCAGAUAAAAUGAGAUUGUUCCUUGAAAUGCUCAUGACUAUGGAUUGGAACAACAUGAGUUGGGACCAAAUUGAUCUGUCAAUGAUUCCUAUGUCCGAUCAAGUAAGAGAGGUUCUUGAGUUGAUGAUGCUUGUUGACUGGCAAACUUUUGACUGGGCACAAGUGAUUGACUUGUCUGGUCUUCCAUUUUCAGACAAUACUAAGUUGUUCCUCGAAGAGUUGAUGAGGAUGGACUGGGAAAACCCUUACUGGAGUGAAAUGGACUUCUCGAGACUACCGCUGUCUGAAGAGAUGAGAGAUAUGCUUCAGAUGAUGUUGACCAUGGACUGGAAUGAGUUUGAUUGGACCCAAGUAAUUGAUCUUUCUGGACUACCCAUCUCUGAUCAAAUGAAGCUUGCCAUUCACUGGAUGAUGAGAAUGGAUUGGGCAAACACCGAUUGGAUGGACGUGGACAUGUCUGAUUUGCCAAUACCGCAACAGGUUAUUGAUCUCAUCCAUUUCAUGAAUGGUAUUGAUUGGGAAAACUUCGACUGGACCGCCGUCAUUGACCUCUCUGGACUACCUUUACCAGAACCACUCAAACCAAUCAUGGAUAAAUUGUGGGCGUUUACUACUGCACUGGAUGCACUGGUACAUGAAACAUACUGGAAGUUCAUCCACUUCCUAGAGUGGCUAGAUUUGCCUUUUCUUCCCGAAUUGCCUCGACCUAGACCGCUGGCGUUUGUAGGAGACAGUGUGAAGUACAUCUGUAAGGACGGUUUUAAACUGAUUGGAAUGCCGGUCUUGAGGUGUUCAGCUGAUGGGUCCUUCAGUGGCAUGCGACCGAUGUGUAUGAAAAUUAUCCCAACGCGACCACCUCGACCGACACGCCCUCCUCGUCCAACACGCCCCACCAUGCGACCAAGGCCCACCCUACCGCCUUUUGAACCGACAACUGACUUCGCCUUCACCACAUCUGAUUUCAUGAUGUCUACCACUGAGGAGUCAACACCAAAAGAUCCGUGUGCUUCCCUCCCCUGUGCGUGGGAUCCCAAUACUGUCUGUGUCUCGAGGAAUGACAUGUUCAUGUGUCGAUGCCAGGCGGGAUAUUCUAGGAACUCCGAUGACAUUUGCAUUUUUACACAGCAAUACGUAGGGGCAAUUCGUAUCACUGAGACUAAAGGAAGACCAGCCUUGUUCACGGAGGAUUUACGGGAUAGAGAAUCGUUUGCCUUCCGGACUCUAGCUGUUGACGUAGAGAACACGGUGAACAUGGUUUAUAAGACGAGCUCGCUCGCCAGACUGUACUUGGGAUCUGAGAUCAAUAGCUUUGCCAACGGUUCUAUCGUCGUAGACUAUACUGUCCUAUUCAUAAACGAAGGAGUGGUGACAAAUGCAACAACACCCAGGAUUGAUUCGUCUAUGAUCACCAGUGCAUUUAUGGAAUCACUCAGAAGUGCAAUCGAGAUGGGGACUCUUAACAUCACCAUCGACGAAUCUUCUGUUUCGGUCACUGAUCUUGAUGAAUGUGCCUCAACCAAUGACAAUGACUGUGAUGGUGAUGCUGUCUGCGUCAACACUGAGGGAUCGUUCAACUGCCGGUGUGAAAACGGUUUCAUUGAUCUUUCUCUAAACAUCCGCGAUCGACCUGGCAGAAACUGUUCUCGAGAUACGAUGUCACCACGUCCUACCAAAAGACCUACGCCAACGCUUCCACAAAGAGAACGAACAACAGACUUCUUUGAGGAAACAACGAUUUCGGCAGAAGUUACAACUCUAGACUCAGGGCAAACAACGAUACGUGAUUCAACAACCAGGGACCCACAACGACCUGUUACAGAGCGGCCCAAUGAAGUUACAACGGAUGACAUUGAUAUUGCCACUACCCGUGGGUCGGAAGUGACAACCCUCCAGACAACACGAGAAACUGAGCAACCAGAACGCAGUACAGACUCAAGUACCGAAUCACAGGCCCAGUCUACAGAAGCAACAACUGUGGAAAAGUAUUUAACCACAAAAGAAGACAAACGAAUGGAAACGACUGACAGUAUCGAUUUCGAAACGACUGCUUCCACAACUGUUGAAGCUACUACACAAGCUGCGCAAACAACAAAGAUGACGACCGAAGAAAAAAUGGUAAGACAAACUACAGAGGAUCUGUUCGAGACCACACCGAGCGACAUGGUCACAACUCAACCAUUGAUAACGACAGAACUUGCUUCAACUGAAGGUCGCCAGACAACUAUAGAAGCUAAGGAAACGACUCCGAAUCGCAUGUCUACAACGCAAACCCCUCAAACAACAACAAUGACAACUGAAGAGAAAAUGGUAAGACAAACUACAGAGGGUCUCUUUGAGACGACUGAUGUUGCUACAACGCUAGCGGGUAAACAAACCACACCAAGCGACAGGGUCACGACUCAACCAGUGGCCACAACAAAACUUGCUUCCACUGAAGGUCGCCAGACAACUAUAGAAGCUAAGGAAACGACUGCGAAUCGCAUGACUACAACGCGAGCCCCACAAACAACAAAAAUGACAACUGAAGAGAAAAUGGUAAGACAAACUACAGAUGAUCUAUUCCAGACGACUGAUGUUGCUACUACACAAACUGGAAAACAAACAACAUUGAGGAUGACAAUACAACCAGAUGUCACAACAAAAACUGCUACAACUCAAAAUGUCCAAACUACACCUCAUGGUGUUACAACAGAGAGCAAACAGUCAACUACUGUUGAGGAAACCACAAAAGUACCAACUACUGACGCUGCUACGACACGUGUCACUACAGAGGAAACGACGGAAGCCGCCACGACUGUAGUUGUAACGACACGCGCAACAACAGCAGCUGCCACGACUAUGUCACAUUCGACCGAUGCCACGAACAGUGCUACCACACUAGAUGCUACAACUGAAGCUCAGACGAAGGUAGCCACAACUCCAGUAGAUCCAUGCUCUUCUAGUCCCUGUGUUUCUGAUGUAAAUACCGAUUGCAUCACGACAGGUGAUUCGUUCGUUUGUCAAUGCCUAGCAGGAUACACCAGGGACGCAAAUAACAGUUGCAUAUCUAUCCAACAGUUUACAGUAAUGAUUCGAAUCACUGAGGUCAACGGCGGAACGGCCGACUUCACAGAGGAUCUGCAGAAUACAACAUCACUUGCUUUCCAGACUCUAGCCGCUGAUGUUGAAAAUACGCUGGAUAUGAUCUUUAUGAUGAGUGCGCUCGCGGACACCUAUCUCAGUGUUACCAUCAACGGAUUCAGUGAAGGUUCCAUCGUUGUUGACUACACUGUCAACUUCAAGACUGAGGAACCUGUCAUGAACGCGACCAGUAAUUCCACAUCUCCGUCAUCUACGUUCAUCAACUCGACGUUGGUCAUGACCGCCUUUACGGACUCCUUGAUGAUGGCGAUGGAGAUGGGGAUUAUCAACGUAACCAUCGAUGAGAUGUCUAUUAUGGUGACAGAUCUGGAUGAGUGUGCAUCGUCAACGGACAAUAACUGUGACCAGGAUGCCACGUGCACAAACACAGAGGGGUCAUUCACCUGCGAGUGUAAUGUUGGAUUCCUCGACCAGUCUUCAAGCCUCCCCGGCAAACCCGGGAGACUUUGUGUUGCACCAACAACACCUCCCGCUCCUACAGCGGACCCCAAUAUGACCACGCCCACAACUCCACGUCUUCCUACGACCACGCCAACAACACCACGUCCAUCUACCUCUCUUGGUGAUCCAUGUUCAUCUGACCCAUGCGCCAGUGUCGCCCAUUCGACCUGCGUGGUGAUUGGUUCGACGUACGAGUGCCAAUGUCGACCCGGAUUCACUCUUAAUAACAGAGGCCGUUGUAGACAUGUCAACCAGUUCGUUGGUAGCUGCAGAAUCACUCGAUUCCGAGGAGUAAAGGCGUCCUUCAUUCAAGAACUGUCCAGCAGUACUACUCAGGAGUUUGUAGCUCUCGCUGCAGACCUGAGGGAAACGCUGAGGACAAUCUACCAAUACAGCAUGGUUGCUGAUCGUUACAUCAAUAUCGUGGUCGACUCUUUCCGUAACGGUUCUAUCGUGGUCGAUUACCGAGUCGAGUUAGAGGAAGAUAAUACCACGUCGGCGAACUCGUCGAGAGUUUCAGCAGCCUUCACGCAAUCACUAGAGCAGACUGUUCAGAACGGAAUCGUUGAUGUCGAUAUUGAUGAGAAUUCCAUCACUGUCCAUGAUUACAACGAAUGUCUCUCCGCCGAUGACAAUGACUGCGCAGACAAUGCUGAGUGUAUCAAUACAGAAGGUUCAUUCACAUGUCGCUGUAAUGAUGAACUCAUUGAUAUAUCACCAGAUCCUAACAGCGACCCAGGAAGACUUUGCAGAGAACCCGGACCUUGUCCGUCCGACCUACCUCACACAUGCUCACCAGGAGCUAUCUGUAUGGAACAUGCUACUGAUGGGUAUGUCUGCCAAUGUUUGAACGAGUUUCAGGAUGUCUCUCCAUUCCCAUCUCUGCCAGGGAGGAUCUGUGAAGAAAUUUGUCCAGAUGGAUUCUGCGAAAAUGGAGGAACAUGCAAAGCUUCGGCAAGUGGAUCUCUCUGCAACUGUGCUGGCGGGUACUCUGGAACACAGUGUGAAAUAGGGCCUUCAGGUCGUCUCCAUGCUCUUGAGAUCCUGGGCAUCGCUCUCGGUUCCGUGAUCUUCGUCGUCCUCGUCCUCGUCCUCACAGUCUUCUGCUGCGCCAUCAGCAGGAAAGAGAAACGAUACAGAGACUCUUCUAAACGCCGCCGUGGUCAUGGAAACUCACGACCUCGCUUCUUCCACGAUCCGGAUUGGGAUCCCAUUGAUGAGCGUAGCGAGGACUCGCUGUCGAACGCAGCCUACGAUGUAGCAGCGAGCACUAGUGCUAUGAUGGUGGAGGAUGAAGAGAGGAGCCAGCGGAUCGCUGGUUCUAUGGGACAGCUACCAGAAUUCGAAUCUUCGAUUCAUCGCAUCAGCAACCAGCCGGUAUACUACGCCCGUCAGCAACCCAGACUACUAGACAUGGGUGCUACUGAAUUCAGAAGACCAUACGUCGCUUCUGGUGAUGAGAUCGGCUACAUGGAUUCUCGCUAUGUGCCCGGUCGCCAUUCUACCCGAACCUCGUCCAGUGUCUCAAGAAACCCACAUGCAAUAGCGCCAACUAUCGACAGGAGUACAAAACCAAGACACCUUCAGGGAUCUAGCGCCCAAGCAGCACCGCCACCACCACCACCACCACCACCCCAGCCUCAAGGCCCCGCGGCCACAGAAGUGGAGGCCCGAUUGAGGAGACAGAAGAGAGAGGGCAAGAGUGUCAGCGUUAACCUCGUACCAAUUAUUGACCCCAUGGAAUCUCCCUAAAAUGAUCGAAAAAAAUUAUGAAUAGAAAGGAUUGUCUAGAAUUAAUCGUUGUACGCUCUUGUUAAUUUGUAACCACUUCUUAAUUUGUUUACUGUAGACCUUAUUUCAACUUAUUUUAGACUUUUAUUUAUUGCAGGCUCUAUUUCAAUUUCAUUUAAGACAUUAUUAUAUUGCAAAUCAGGCCUGUUGUAGAAAAUGCGAUUGAUUACGUCAAAUCAAUAUGAAAGUACUACGAUAGCCAUCUUCAGUCUAAUUUUAUAUCAUUUCAAUAUCAACUUUGGUUUAAUUAAAGUCAUUUCAAGUCAUGUACUUUGGCUUGAUUAUAAUUUUAUUGUCUCUGUCCUUAACAUCAAAACCAAAGUUCUGGAAAUGAAUCUACCAGGUGAAGUUGUUAAAUGAAAGAGAUUACUAAAUGUAUAUAUUUCUUUCUUUAGAGAAAGUAACUAACUAUAUUUGGUUUAUGAGUGAGGCAAUGCUCAGUUAAGACUUUGCUUUUUGAAAUUAUAGUUAUAUAUAUAUAUUAGUAUAGUGCCUUAAUUUCAGACCAAAUGGUCAGUAUUAACAACUCCAUAAUUAUAUAAAAGAGUAGGAACAAGGAAUGUAACUUAUUACACAGCUCAAAUAUAUCUAUGUAGAAGCCUUUAUGAAUUUAAAUAUUUAGCAUUUUCUAUCUGUUUGAAAAAUAUGAUGACAAGCGAUAAUGAUAUGUAAUAUCUACCAUUCGUUUUUCUAUGAAGUUAUUGACAGUAAGAUUCACAAAAAGUAAAUAAUUAGACUUAUAUAUAUAUAU